AUCUUGUAAUUCUGGCGUAAUUCGCAACAAAACAACGCCUGAAGAAUAUUAGAAUAUCUGCGAGUUGUCUUUUGAUGAGCGUUGUCGCUUUCCGCUGGUAAGUUUUAGAUAAGUUCAGUUCACACGAAUUUGCCAAACUUCAUCAAAGCGACUAAUUUACAAUUUCGUAGAUGUUAAAUUAAACACGCUUUCACUCGCUCUUUUUAUCGUUACAACAACCAACGAUUAAAUGCCAUGACUCAUGCGCAGUUAAUUCAUUAAGUACAUUAAGGCCCAGUAGCGCAUUUAUAAAAACUUGUUUACUCUUUUUAUCUUCUUUUAAGACUAGCAAAAAAGUUCAGCUUGUAAUUUCUGGCUGCAAAAGGUCAUCAGUCAGAAUGACACAGGAUGAGAACUGGGAAGAGUUCGACUUCAUUCGAUUUACCUGGUGUGACACCAAUGGUGUCCCUAGGGGCAAAGUGGUACCCAGAAAUUCUUAUCGUUCCUUUCAAAAAUCAGGAGUCGGGAUGAACUCUCUUUAUGCCAUAUUCGGAAUCGACUCAAAACCACCGAUUAUACCUCAUAUCAUCGCCAGAGGCUCUCCUAAUAACAAUCUAAUUCCGGUAAUAGAAACUUGGCAUUCUUGUCCAUGGUCCGGAAACGGAAAAUCUAAAGUGGCUCAGGUAUUGUGCCAAAUGCACGAGCUCGGCAAGGACUCCAAGCCCAACUCAUUCGACUCCAGAGGCAUUUGUGUCAAGUUACUCAAUCAUUUGAAAACUGAGUUCGGACUUGAACUAUAUUCGGCACUGGAGUACGAGUUCGUUUUAACCAAAGACAAGAAUCCUCUCGGAAUUGCAGGACACAGCUGUUCGGCUUUCAACUUGAAGAAAACGGAAGACAUUUGCUUCGAGAUUACAAAAAGACUACAAGAAGCCGGUGUGUCCAUAGAAAGUAUUCAUUCUGAGGCUUUUGAUGGUCAAAUAGAAAUGACAAUGCAGCCCAAGUAUGGAAUAGGUUCUGCUGAUGACGCAUGUCUGCAUAAAGACUGUGUUAAAUCGACCGCAUUCGAAUACGGGUACGAGGCAACAUACAUCUGCUGUCCUUCAGAAGGAGUUUUCAACGGAGGGCAUUUCAAUUUUUCGUUAUGGAAAGAUGGUCAGAAUGCUUUGACAGACGGUUCUGACCAAGUAGCAUUAUCAGAGCUGGCGAAAUACUGGAUAUCUGGAAUUAUGGAGCAUGCAGCUGGAAUCACCGCCUUAAUCUGUCCUAAUAAUAACAGCUACAGAAGGUUCUGUGGCGUCGCAUCAGCUCAAGCGGAAAUAUGUUAUAGUCGCGAAAGUCGGAGCGCCAUGUUGAGAAUUAAAGAAACAUCAGAUGUCCAAACAUAUUUGGAAUUCCGUAGCCCAGGAGCUUCGGCAAACCCAUAUCUAGUACUAUCGGCAGUACUUGCAGCAGGGAUGGACGGCUUGCGACAGCAAAGAUUGCGUUGA